GGUGGGGAUCGAAACUCUAAUGAGGGGGUUCGAUGUUCGAUGUCGGGUCUCUUUUAUAUACAGGAUUCUAAUCUCAGGUAAUGUCGAAUUUUUCUAGAUUUCUAGCAUCUUCCCCAGCAAUCUUAUGGCGUUCUUUCUGGCGCCACUACGCGGCGACACCGAUACCGUAGCGGAAGACGUUACGUCACGCAGGAACGACGUGCUAAUGGUUAAUGGCUUCCACGGCAUUCGGUCGAGCUAGGCUUUUAUGAGCGAGCCAGAAUCCAAUCCAAAGAAAACACAUGAGACAUGAUGCGAUCGGCCGAUAGAACCAUAAAAAUAUGAUCGCCUGAACUCUGUACGAUCACGACAGAGAUUUAUUUCUGGCCGGGGACAUCGGUCGUCCGCGAAUUACGUGCUGGAACUUGCGCGAAGAGGAAAACGACGUAACCAUUACGCAUUCUCAUCGACCUUUCGUCAUUGGUUUCGGCCCUGAUGCGAACAACAUUGAGGCUCGCCGCGACGUUGCAGGACAUACAUCGCACGAGGUGACAUGCCUAGCACUCGUGAUAUCGAACGGGCAGAACGUAAUGGGAGAUUUCGUUCACGAAGAAGAGGCAGUGCGAGCAGCGACGUGAAUCGCCACAACUUCGAUAGUAUUGACAAGCGACACAGGAGACAUGGCAAAAGUAAGAGUUCUGGAAAAAAAAAGAAGAAACGUUCACGAGAUAAGUCAUUAGAGACAAUUCCAACUGUAGCUUCAUCUGUUGUAAAACCGUUGGUCGAGUAUUCCGACGUAAGUAGUGAAGAUCUUUCAGAGCCUGAAGCGGGAGAGAUACAAUCGGAAGAUAGUCGUGCCAAUAGUUACACGGACGGAGAAGUACCUGAUUCGUUUCUUCAAAGGCGAUAUUAUGGCAGUAGCCCAAUUCGUACUCUCGGAGCGUCACCUAUCAGCAUAUCUCCAACACCUCGGAUACGAUAUUCCUUGUCGAACGAGCAACAACCGACGACGAUGCAUGGUACGACACCAGAAUACGAAGAAGAAUCGAGGCGAUACGCUCGACGAAAAGAAAAGAAGCAUAAACGCGAGAAGAAGAAGAAAAGAAGUCUGAGCCCUUCGGGAUCAAAUUCGGGGAAAAAGAAGAAGAGAAAAUCUAAGAGACAUUCUCAUAGCUUGAGCCCACAUCGCAGUGUUACCGACGAAAUCGUUUCAAGUCCAAAUCGUGAGAAACAAUCAUCAAUUAUUACUUCCGCUAAUUGGUCCGAAUCACCACCGUUGCCACUCAAGGACAACAUGUCGCCUAUUUCACCGGCCACGCCGCGCGAACAGAGAUGUCCUAGUGACGAUGUGGAACUGGAAUUGUCGAGGCAAUCUCGUAAUGUGACACCACCAUCUCUUUUGUCGACGCGGCAGAUAGAAUCUCCGCACACACCUUUAAUGCCUCCAUGCGCUACAACACCAGAGAAUUUGAAUAAAGCUGGACUAAUUGCUGUGCCAAAGCACAGCAGUCCCGAUCGGCAGAAACUUAGUCCCAGUAUCCACAUAACGCGCCGGACUAGCGUUAGUCCCGGACACAUCGUUAUAAAUCGUAGGAAGCCGCACAGCCCGAGUCCACCGUCGAGACGAAGGGAUCACAGUCCACCGCCACGAAGAAGAGACUUUAGUCCUACUCCGGUACUCCAUAGACUUAGGCACAGCCCAAGCCCGGCUACCGUCAGACGACGAGAGUUUAGCCCGAGUCCCGGAAGUAGCCACAGACGACGAGCGGAUAGUGGAAUUAUUUCCCCUAAACGUAGAAGACGAGACGAAUCCGAUCGACGUGGCCAUCGACUUCAUGAUAAGGAUAGGAGGGACAAACGGAAAUCAAGAUCGACAAGGAGUCCUACUGGAAGCAGAUUACAUUUACCUUUGUCUCGAUCACGAUCACGCAGUCCAGGAAGGUGGCGGAAACUGUCUCGCUCAAGGUCACGUUCACGUCCCAGAAGAAGUCGCACCCCAAAAAGAUCUCGCUCACCCAGCAAAUCUUGCAAGGCUUCGAGGAAACUCAAAUCAAAGAGCCCACGUCCUAGAAUACCUUCUCCUUCUCCUCAUAGAUCCCGAGCUAGAAGCCCGUCGAGCAUCACCGCCCGAAAUCUUCGAGUACAAGCGAAAAUUAGCGAGACCAGUCUGUUUGCAGAACUCGUUAAGGACCGUAAUAUGAGGGAAUUGGCAUUUAAGAAGUUGCAGGCCGCAAAGGAAAAGGUUGGGAAUCAAGAUGAAGUGCAAAUCAUAGAGGGCUCGGACGAGAAGGACGGCGAUGGCGGCAACGCGUCCUCUGAGAAUAAAGCUUCCACUGACAAUAAAGAUAGACCUAUAAAUCACAAGGAGCAACAAAUGAAGGCUGGCGAUAGUGUGGUCGACGUCACCGAUAUUCCUGUUCCGACGAGCGACGACAGCACUAUAGCAUGCAAAACACCGCCAUUACCACCAACUGGUCAACCACCUAAUGUACCACUACCUAAUCCGAUAUCUGCUGCGAUUAAUCCACUUGCUUCUCACGCGGUGCAUACUUCGCCCAACCCACCAUCGCCCGAGUUUCCCAGCUCCUGCUCCUACAGUGCAACCACCACCGAGGUGCCACCAAUCCCAUCGACACCGAUUCUGCCCAACAUGUCUGUCCCACCGCCACCUAUUCCUGUUCCAGCGCCCAAUACAAUCAUGUCAAAAUUUAAUCCACCCAAUAAUCUUGUACCACUUAAAUCCGUGGAUCCUCCCAAGCCUCCCAUAGUAACGUUCACGACCAAAAGUUUAAAGAGAUUACCAUUGCCACCUGGCAUCAAUCAGAAUGAUUUGGAAAGCAUAGAUUCGCCACCGAGCCGUUCUCCGAGCCCUCCCAGCAAAGCGCAGUUGAAGUUCUCGGCGUCAACGAAACCAAUGCAGAAAAAGGGUAUCAAGGAUCUGCCAAUGCCACCGGUUGUACCUGGAUCGGAGGACUUGAGCGGUGAGGAUGAUCCAAACGCAACGCCGCCACGUUUGAAGGUCGAACGAGUGGCACCGAAGCCAAAAUUGAAAAGACCGAAAAUACUGAAACGCAGAGGAUCGCGAAACUGUCAUGCUCCCAUGUCGGCUUCUGGCGGCAAAGAUUGGGGUGAACGAUGCGUCGACGUAUUCGAAUUUAUUGCUCAGAUCGGAGAGGGUACAUAUGGACAAGUGUAUAAAGCACGAGAUAAACGAUCCGGCGUGAUGGUAGCUUUGAAAAAGGUCCGACUUGAAAAUGAGAAGGAAGGCUUUCCUAUCACGGCGGUCAGAGAAAUAAAAAUCCUGCGACAACUCAAUCAUAAGAACAUUGUUAAUCUUAGAGAAAUUGUUACUGACAAACAAGACGCACUAGACUUCCGAAAGGAUAAAGGUUCCUUUUACUUAGUUUUUGAAUAUAUGGACCAUGAUUUGAUGGGUCUGUUAGAAUCUGGCAUGGUGGAUUUCAACGAAAUGAACAAUGCCAGUAUCAUGAAGCAAUUGUUGGAUGGCUUGAAUUAUUGUCACAGCAAAAAUUUUCUUCACCGGGAUAUCAAAUGCUCAAAUAUAUUAAUGAAUAACAAGGGCGAGGUUAAAUUAGCCGACUUUGGAUUGGCACGACUCUAUAAUGCAGAGGAUAGACAGAGACCGUACACUAAUAAGGUGAUCACUCUGUGGUACAGACCCCCCGAACUUUUACUGGGAGAAGAGCGUUAUGGACCCGCAAUUGAUGUCUGGAGUUGCGGAUGUAUCUUGGGAGAAUUGUUUUCUAAAAAACCUUUAUUUCAGGCCAAUGUAGAUAUGAUGCAGCUAGAGAUGAUUUCAAGGGUUUGUGGGACGCCCACUCCUGCUGUAUGGCCUUCUGUGAUAAAAUUACCACAUUGGCAUACACUUAAGCCAAAAAAGCAGCAUAGGAGACGUCUAAGAGAGGAUUUUUCCUUUAUGCCAGGAGCAGCCUUGGAUCUUCUGGAUAAAAUGUUAGAAUUGGAUCCCGAGAAGCGGAUAACGGCAGCCGAUGCGCUUAAAAGUGCUUGGUUGAAAAACGUUCAGCCCGAACAGAUGCCAGCGCCACAACUUCCAACUUGGCAAGAUUGUCAUGAACUCUGGAGUAAAAAGCGAAAGCGUUUGUUACGGGAACAGCAAGAGAGUGCUGCAACAAAAUUGCCUCCUCUGCUUCCCUUCCCGAAUAAAGGAGGUCCCAACAAGGAUGAUCUGUCAGAUAUCGGGGGGUCCUCUAAACGACUAAAGAUGGAAGCAGGCUAUAACUCAUACCCGAGCAGGCUCGGCGCAGAAGCUCAUUAUGGUGAAGAUAAUUUGUUUAAUCAAAGCGGGCCGUACAUAGUUUCUACGCCAUCGUACUAUUUUAAUACUUCACCCGUUAAAUCGCAGUCGAAUCUGAAGGGAGAUCAAUCAUUGGAGAUGUGUACAGAGGAUAAUCUAUCCCGGAGACUGAUCAUUCUCACGAACGCCUUGAAUCAGGGAAAACCGAUUCGGGUCGACGAUCUUCUCUCGUUGCGGUCAGACCAGAACGAGUGCGAUCCCAAAGUGGUACAGUUGUUGGGAGAUCUACGCGCAGAGCUUCGACUUGUUGCAAACGCUCGACCAGGUGGACAGCUGGAUCCUCAUCUUCCUAUAUUAAACCCACCUCUUCUAGAUAUGAACACGCCGCAUAUGCCAGGCAAUUUUGAUGCGCACGCGGUGUAUGCCGGCGACGAUGCUGUGAGCUCUCACGGGAGAUGGUCCCAAUUGGCCACUGCUGGUGUUCGGAGCGCUUUGUCGGCGCUCAUAUCGUAUCAUGGUCUGGAUAACAUCUAUCCUGCGUCUGCCAUCAGCCGAUUAUCAUCAAAUAAACCGCCAGGACAGCCCAACCUGGCGCAAAACCUUUUCCUGCCCUCGACUUCCUCGCAACAAUCUACUUUUAAUUCGUAAUGUGAUUUUACAAAGUCGUACGGUGCAUAACCAUGUAUCGUGUAUGUUGUAUGUGUGCGUAUGUAUGAAAUUAGAAAGAAUCUAUAAAUCGCUAUUUUUCAAAUUAUGCUGGUGACAUAGAGAGAUAGAGAGAGAGAGAGACUGAGAGAAGAGAGAGUGAGCGAGCGUGCGAGAAAGAAAGAUGAUACAAUCAUAUCAUCGAUUUGUGUACAGUCUCCAUUAUCACUCCAUUAGUUCUAAGUGCACGUUCAGUGUAUAAUUGUAUAAUAUGCGACCAGAUACUUAAUUAGAAUAUAACUUCUCUCCCAAUGACAAUGGUAUUAUAAUUAUCACGAUACUUACCAAAUUGCUAAUGAUACAAUUAUUUCCAAGUUAUUUUUUCGAUCAGUCGUGCGUUGAAGAAUAUUUCUCUGGCGUUUCUUUCCUGCAUUAUUACGAAAGGUCUGUGAUACACAUGUGUGUGUAUAUAUAUAUAUACAAAUAUAUAUACAUAUAUACAUUACAUAUUGCGAGUGGGAAGAUGAAUUUAAAAAGGAACUCGAACUCCGAUGCUUGUUUUCUGGUAAAAA